AUGGAACUGGAUAGAGUUUAUGAUGAACUAGAUGGAGUUAAAGUAGAGGUGAAAAAGCUCAGAGAAGAAUGCCGAGCCAAAGCAGAUCUGACUGAUAGAUUAAGGAAAUCUUAUAUUGAACAAUUAGCGAAAUUUCAAGAGGCGAAGUUCGAGAUAGAAAGACAGGGCCGGGAACUAAAUGCCAGGUCUGAGGAAAUUUGCGAGGUUAGGCAACUAUAUGAGCAACUCAAUUCCAGUUUGCACCAAAAGGACUUGAAUCUUCAGCAGCUUACUUUUGCAAAUGAAAAGGUUCGAGUAGAUCAUGGUGAGAAAAUUCUAAAAUUGGAGGGUGAAAACAGAGAUUUGGUGUUGGCUUUAGAUGAAACAUCAGCAAGAAUCCAGGAUCUGGAGAGAAAAAUAUGUCUUAGUGAUGAAGAAAUUUCUGGUCUUAAGAGGCUUCUAUCAGUUAAACCACAAAAGAGAGAGAGAUCUAUUUACCUGAAAGAGAGAGAUGAAUAUAUACUUAAACUGGAAGAAGAAUGCAGGAUUGCUCAAGAUCAGUUGAAAUGGAAAAAUGAACAAUUUUUACACCUUGAAGAAGCACACAGGAAGCUUCAAGAUCAGUUCCAGACUCGUAAGGUGGAGCGGGAGCAGGAUAAAUCUGCACUUCUUCAAGAAAUUGGUUCGUUGCAAGCUAGUUUGGAUUCUCAGACUCUAUUAUCAGAAAGCUUAGAGACUCGGUUGAGGAUGAGUAAUCAGGCCUUGGUUCAUGAAGAAAACACAAGAAAAGCUCUUGAAACUUUGGUGUCUGAAUGCAGAUCAAGUUUUGAAAAUGUCUUCCUGGAGUGUCAAGAAGCAAAACUAAAGAUUGAGCAGUCGACCAUUAAAAGGGAUGAGGAAAUUGGAGAGCUACACAACUUGCUAAGAGCAAAAGAGAUACUUAAUGAUGAGAUGAAAUACAGAACUGCACAGCUAGAGCAAGAAAACCAAGAACUGCUGGGGUCCAUUGAACAAAUUCAAGAGGCUCAGCUCCAUAAUACAGCUGCGUCUUCUUCAUUCAAAAAAUUUCAACACGAACUUCAAAAUUUGGAGCAGUUGCAUAGCAUAUGUGCUUUAAACCUCAAAGAAAAGGAAGCUGAAUGGAGUAAUCAGAUAGAAAAACUGAUGGGGGAUUUGAAAUACUGCAUUUCGAAAUCAGAUGGUAAAAGUAAAAAAAUAAGAGAACUCAGCAAGGAGUUGGAAGAUUGCCACAGUAUGUUGGAGGUACAGAAUGAGGAGAAUUAUAUAAUGAUCUUGGUGUUGAAAUCAGAAUUCGAUGUUUCUUGUUCGAAGCUGCAUGAUGAAAAUGCUAAGCUGGAGUUGUGUAUCAAACGAAGUGAAGAGAAGGACAUGCUUCUAUCACAGCAAUUGAAAGUAAAAAAGGGGGAGCUACAUAAAGUUCAUGCCAAUUUGAAGCAGAGAGAUAACGAAAUAGCAGUUUUACUAGAGAAGGUCGAGUCUGUAGAUUUUUUAAAACAGAAGGUGAAUCUCUUGGGGAAAAAACUUGGAAAGCAUAAAGAUAUUCUUGAUGAAUUAUCUGAAUGUCGAUAUCAUUUUGAAGAACAAGUUAUACACAUGGAAAAUACCCUAACAGAGCACGGUAGACAUAUUCAUGAAGCUUUAGAAAUAGUAAAUACUGAGCUGGCAAAGAAAAUUGGCGAAGUUGAGAAAACCGAGAUUGAGUUGCAGAAGUUGCAAUCUGUAGCAGAAAAUCUGAAACUAGUGCUUCGUGAAGACCAUGAAGCUCAUAAGCAAAAUAAUGCCUGCCUUAUUGGCAUUGUGAAAGACAAGGAUGCCCAAAUUGGCAAUUUGCAGGAACAGAUUCGUAUCCUGCUAUUGGAAAUUAUAGCCAAAACAGAGGCUGCAGAAACACUCAAGCAAGAGAAGAAUAAUUAUUUACAAAUUGCAGAAGAUAGGAACUGCAUCAUAGAAAGUCUUCAGAAAGAGAUUGCUCGACUAGAGCAAGCGUUGGCUGAAAGCGAAGUUGUACUUCUUGCUGGAUUGGAUGCUCAUAAAGCUCUUGUGCAGAAGGAGGAGACAGUAUCAUUGAUUAUGAAAGAGAAAGAUCAGAGCAUACAAAAUCUUCAGAAACAUGCUGAAUCUUUGGAAGAAAACUUUAGUAAUGCCCUGAUCUCUUUCGCCGAAAAGGAAAAUAAGCUUGAUGAAGAUUUACGGAGAGCUGAGGAUCAGCAAAUUCUAGAGAUUGAAGAGAGAAACAAGAUAAUUGACAACCUGCAGAAAGAAGCAAACUAUUUACUCCAGAAACUGGAAUUUCAAGAAAAACGAUUUAUUAAUUCAAAGCAAGAGGCCUUGCAGCUUGAAGUUUUAUUGCAAGAGAAGAAAUCAGAAACAGAAGAGCUGAAAGGUCAACUUGGGGAUGAGAAAGAGCGCCUUGAGGUUCUAAUUAAGGAUCUCAAGUCCCAUAAGGAAACUUUGCUUGAAGUCAUCAUGAAAGCAUCUGUUGAUAGGGAGGAUUUACUUGCACAAAUGGAAGGAAUUUACGGACAAAUUGGUGCAUUUUGCUGUAAAGAUGUUAAACUGAUGGGAAUGCUGGGGAAGAUGAUGCAACUUUCUGAGGAAAAAAGUGUGCUGGCAAUGAAUGUUGAAAUCACAUGUUCUCCCUCAAGAAAAGCAGGUGAAGAAUAUAUCAAACAAAGAACUCCAUUAUCAGAGCGCAAUGGUUAG